CUACACAGAGAUGAGGAACAGUCGGCCAGUGAGUACUGCCGUGACGCUGGAGGUGCCUCUCAGUCUGGACAUGCUGACCACCGGGCAAUUGGAUGGACAAGCAAGUUUUGAUGUGGACAUUGGUAACCUUAAAGUUGCCACCCAGUACAGAGUUAGUGUUGGUGCGUAUGGAUGGGCAGGCGAGGGCCGACCUAGCAUGCCCAGGGACAUCAGCACUUCUUUACAAGAGAUGUGUAUGCCUCCGUCCCCUCCCACUCAGCCCACUGUCGCGGCCGUAUCGGACACAGAGCUUGCGUUGUCGUGGACACAGGGUGAGAGUGAGGGAAGUGCACCAGUUCUACACUUUCUUGUUGCUUACAUCAGGCCUGAGAUGGACACAGAGUGGACCUACAUCAGGGAGCCCAUUGAAGCCAACUCCAUGGUACUGAAAGGGUUAAGCCCCGACACGGAGUACCAGUUUGUGGUCCGAGCCGCCAACGUCCAUGGAGUGAGCCCUCCCAGCGCCAUCAACAACCCCAUCCGCACCCCUGGCACAGCAGAGGUUGGCAGCAGCGGCCAUGGCCAGCGCUACAUCACAGACGGCAAGAUCAAAGAUGAAGACGGAUUUGACAUAGACGACUCUGACUACGAUGUCUUCAUUGAGGAGCUGAAGCCGUUCCCUGCCAUUCCCAACGGUGACAACCAGAGAUCCCAGCUCCGUUCCCGGUCUGGAACGCCGUCCUCUCAGCCAGGCGGGAACGUCAUCUACAGGAUGGGCACGGCCGCACCCAACGCCAUCCUCCUCCCCUCACCCCCCUCUGACCCAGAGCUGGGCUCCCCACUUACCCCCGUCACCCCUGAGCUGAUCACCAUKAGCCCCACCACCGACAGCCCUUCCCCCACCACCCUGCCUCCCACCACCCCCACGCCCCCCAUGACCCAGUGGAUGGGCCCCGUGCCCAGGCUCUACGACCUAGCCUGUGAGGACACGGUGUGCCCCCCCGACAGCUUCUGCCUCAGUGACUACGACAGCGGAGGCUCCCGUUGCCACUGCAACCUGGGCCGCAGUGGUGACAUCUGCUCCUACGGAGUGACGGUGCAGUUCCCAAGGUUCUAUGGCCACUCCCACAUGACCUUUGAACCUCUGAAGAACUCUUACCAGACAUUUCAGAUGACCCUUGAAUUCAAGGCAGACUCGGAGGAUGGCUUGUUGCUGUACUGUGGGGAGAAUGAGCAUGGCCGUGGAGACUUCACCUCUCUGGCUCUUGUACGAGGCAAGCUGCAUUACAGGUUUAACUGUGGCACUGGGGCAGCUCAGAUAGUCAGCGAGACUCGCAUGGUGCCGGGACAGUGGCACACUGUCACCGUAUUCAGGGACGGCAUGAGUGGCUGGCUGAGAAUGGACAACGAUACGCCCGUUUCAGGACGCUCACAGGGACAGUACACCAAGAUCACAUUCCGAAGCCCGUUGUACGUGGGAGGGGCUCCCAGUGCCUAUUGGUUGGUCAGGGCCACAGGGAGCAACCGGGGCUUUCAGGGCUGCAUCCAGAGCCUGACCGUCAACAACAAGGCCACGGAUCUCAGACCCUGGCCCCUAGGCAGCGCUCUGAGCGGGGCAGACAUCGGUGACUGCAGUGACAGUGUGUGUGAGAUGAUCACCUGCGACAACAGAGGGAUCUGCUUUGCCAACCGAGCGGACGGGUACAUCUGUCUGUGCCCUCUGGGCUUCAGAGGCAUGCUCUGUGAAGAGAGUUUCCUGCUGUCUCUGCCGCUCUUCAACGAGACCAUGUUUUCGUACGCCAGCGCCCCUUGGCCCCAGUCCCUCCUCAGUUACCUGUCCUUCAUGGAGUUUGAGAUCACCUUUCAGCCGACCAGUCCUGACGGCACGCUGCUCUACAGCGACGACGCCAGCAGCCGGGACUUCUUGGCCAUCAACCUGGUGGAAGGAUACGUGGAGUUCCGCUUUGACUGUGGCUCUGGAGGGUCUGUCAUUAGGAGUGAGGAGCAGGUCAGUAUAGGCGCAUGGCAUGAGCUGCGGGUGUCUCGUACAGCCAAGAGUGGCAUCCUGCAGGUGGACAACCAGAGGCCCAUGGAGGGCAUAGCUGAGGGAGCCUUCACUCAGAUCAAGUGCAGCUCUCCUCUGUACAUCGGCGGAGUUCCACAAUAUGACAAAACCAAGAGGGCCGCGGCCGUGCUCCGCCCCUUCAGCGGCACCAUCCAGAAGCUGGUUCUGAAUGACCGCAGCAUCCCACUGACCAAGGACUUUGCUCUGGGGGUGAAUGUGGAGAACGCAGCCCACCCAUGUGUGCAGAGUCCCUGUGCCAACGGCGGCACCUGCAGGCCCAAAUGGGAUGGCUACGAGUGUGACUGCUCUCUCGGCUACGAUGGCCGGCACUGCCAGAAGGAAUGUGGGAAUUACUGUUUAAACACUGUCACAGAGGCCAUUGAGAUUCCACAAUUCAUUGGCCGCAGCUACCUCACAUACGACAAUCGUGAAAUCCUGAAAAGGGUUUCGGGUGUCAGGACCAACAUGUUUAUGCGCUUUAAGAGCACUGCGAAGGAUGGUCUGUUGCUAUGGCGAGGCGACAGCCAAGUGAGGCCCAACAGUGACUUCCUGUCUUUAGGACUGCAGGAUGGAGCACUCAUUUUCAGCUAUAACCUGGGCAGUGGUGUGGCCAAUGUGAUCGUUCAACGGAACAUUCAGCGAUGGGAGUGGCACAGAACUGGGAAUGAAGGACCCCAAGAAGCACACCACAACCUGGCUACUCAGCUUACAGAGACAGUGGUAACCAUGGAGAUGUCCGGGGACAUUGUUUAUACCAAUGAAGAUGUUUUCUGGGAACCGUUUGGAGUUGAACACCAUAACUAUGUCUUUGAAGAGUCCAUGUGUGAAACCCAGAUGUGUCUACUUACUAAGACUGGGAUGAGGAGACCCCAAGAAGCACACCACACCCUGGCUACUCAGGUUCUGAGAGCUCAGUGA